CAACAAUAAUAAUUGUUUAUAAUAACAAUAACGAUUUAUUUAUAUCAUAAUUAAUAAUUAAUAUUUACUAUAAGACUUCAACCAGUAUCCAGUAUUAAAUAAUGAUUUCGACAACUCAAGCUAAUUUAAAUAUAAGCAACCAUUUAUCUAAGAUCGAGACUACAGAUAUUACUACUUCAGACUUUCCAUUUAUUUGCCGGCUAUGUGCAACAAAAGACGAUAACUUAGAAUUUUUUGAAGAGCCGAUGCAGCUUAUCUUUAUAAAUUUAACAAAUUGUCAGUUUGACCAAAAUGACCAUUUACCAAAAAAUAUCUGCCCUAAUUGCAAGAAUAAAUUAUAUGAAAUUAAUUUAUAUAUUGAAGGCAUUAAAACAGUUUACAAUAUGCUUCAACAUGCUUUAUCAUUGAAACUAGUUGACAAACAUAUAGACAGUGUAUCAAUUUAUCAUGAUUCAAGCGAUACUGACCUAAAAGAAGACACAGAUCAACCUAUUUGUGAAACCAUAAUAAAAAAGAAAAAUUCUCCCUUAACUUGGAGCAGGAGAAUUCCACUACCUGUCAAUACUGCAAUAAAUCAUUUAUAUCUUCAGGAGAACUCUCAAAACACAUACAACAAAACAAAAGUUGUAAAUCAAAGAGAUUAUUUUGUUCAAUAUGUGGAAAACACUUUAAUUUUCAAUAUAAAAGAAAAGCUCAUAUAAUGGCUGAACACUUGGGUGAGCUACCGUUCCAAUGCAAAGUGUGUGGAAAGAAAUUUAAAUUCUACCAGAAUCUUACCAGGCACGAUAGAUCUGCUCAUAAAGGACUGACACCAUACAAAUGUGAAAUUUGUGGUAAAGGAUUUUCAAGACUUGAAAGAAUGAAACACCAUGCAAAAGUACACUCCUUCGAAAAACCAGACAAUCCUGUAUAUUUCUCCUGUAGGCGUUGUGGAAGAGCCUUUACAAGUCGUUUGGAAUAUCGCUCCCAUCUAAAAGAACACAAAACUGUUACGGAAAAUUUAAAUUAUAAAUGUACAAUUUGUGAUAAGAUGUUUUCUUCUAAGUAUGUGCUACAAAGCCAUAUGGCAAUUCAUGACGGAAAAAAGGAUUUUUUGUGUACAAUUUGCGGUAAAAACUUCCUGAAAAAGAGCUACUUGGAUACACAUUUGAAGAUACACUCAGGGGAGAAACCGUAUGAAUGCAAGCAGUGUGGGAAAAAAUUUCGGCAAGCAACACCAUAUAGCAAUCACUUGGUGAUCCAUACAGGAGAACGUUUAUAUAAAUGUCAGCAUUGUGAAAAAAGUUUCAAGCAGAAACCACAUCUUACAAGACAUGAAAUGCUUCAUACCGGAGAAAAACCCUAUAAAUGUUCGUAUUGUAACCGAAGUUUUUCACAGAGCGGCAAUUUGAAGUCACAUAUCAGAACCCAUACAGGAGAGACACCAUAUUAUUGUACGAUUUGUUCAAGGGGAUUUUAUUUACUAGGAAGCAUGAAAAAACAUAUGAAAGCGUCACAUAAAAUAUUGUAAAAUUAGUAACUAACGCAGAGUUUUUAUGUUUUAGUACUUAUUAUUGGUUUUGUAUCUUGCCUUAUUUCUGUUCAUUAAAAC